ACACAGCUGGCAGUCUGGAGAGGAACAUGCUGCCUGAUCACAGUGCUUAAAAGAAAGGAUGUGGAACGUUUGAUACAGAUGAGGAGGUGCAUGUGAACGCUGAAAUUGUCUAAAGGUGAUAUAAACCAUGGCAGCCCACAGGACAAGUAGUAGUCGAAGAAAUGCACACACAUCCCAAAGGAAUUCUACAGAAAAUGGCUCUGUCAGACAAGAUAUCAGUAACAGGGAGUGUCAUUUAGAUGAUGUCAUCCAAAGGACAAGGCAUGUCGAGCUGAUAAAAGCAGAGAUCAUCGAGCAAGUGAAAUCUCAGAUGGGUGACGUAUUGGAUAGAGCACUUACAGAUUCAUUGCAGGCCUUCUCCAGAAGCACACAAUCAAAUGCUGGAGUAAACACACAACAGCACACUGAUGACAAAGCUAGAAGACACAGAAUGGAGGAUGGGAAGGUGUUUGUGGCCAGACAGUCGCUACUUGAUGAGCUGUUUGAGAUCAGUCACGUCAGGACCAUCUAUCACAUGUUUAUCGCUGCCCUCCUUCUCUUUAUCAUCAGUACACUGACAGUAGACUAUAUUGACCAGGGAAGGCUGGUUCUUGAAUUUGACUUGUUCUUCUAUGCCUUUGGACAACUGGGCACUGUCAUAUGGGCCUGGUUCAUCAUGUUCACUUACUCCCUAUUUGGACCGUACCAUAUUUUGAGCCAGUGGGGAGAAAAGUACUACCAGUACCAGUGGAAGAUCCUAGUAUCAGUAUUAACAGUUGUAGUGCUGCUGGCAGCUCAGAUCAGUGUACUAGGGUAUUUUCCAGUAUAUGUUGUCCUGCACUACCAGCUGCCACCAGCGUCACGCUUUAUCAUCAUUCUCGAACAGAUCCGAUUCCUGAUGAAGAGCUAUUCCUUUAUCCGUGAGACAAUGGUGGCAGUUCUCAAAGCCAAGCCGAAGAAAGAUGUCAGAUUCCCUACUCUUUCCAGCUAUCUGUACUUCCUGUUUUGCCCAACCCUGAUCUACAGAGAGUCAUACCCUAGAAACUUAAAGAUCAGAUGGAACUAUGUAGCGAGGAACUUUGCAAAGGUUUUGGCCAGUCUGUUUUACCUCUACUUCAUCCUGGUACGGCUGUGUAUUCCUGUGUUCAUGAACAAAAGCAAUCAACCAUUCAGUAGACGCACUUUGGUUCUGGCUGUAUUUCACUCCACUUUACCAGGUAUGCUAAUACUUCUCCUGGGCUUCUACGCCUUUCUACACUGCUGGCUCAAUGCCUUUGCUGAGAUGUUGCGCUUUGCUGACAGGAUGUUCUACAAAGACUGGUGGAACUCAACAUCUUUUGCAAACUACUACCGCACCUGGAACAUUGUGGUGCAUGAUUGGCUUUAUUAUUAUGCUUAUAAAGACUUUCUCUGGCUUUCAGGUCACCGUCUUCGUUCAGUGGCCACACUGUCUGUGUUUGGAGUUUCAGCUCUUGUACAUGAAUACGCUUUUACCAUGGGUUUCGGCUUCUUCUACCCUGUCAUGUUCUGUCUGUUUGCCAUCAUUGGAGUGGUGUUCAACUUCACUCUAAACGACAAACGCAAGAGUCCUGUGUGGAACAUUAUCAUGUGGACGUGUCUGUUCAUUGGCCAAGGUGUGCAAGUUUGCCUAUACUGCCUGGAGUGGUAUGCGCAGGUGCACUGCCCACGUACUGGGACAGGUUUCUGGGAGUUGGUGACUCCAAAAUCCUGGACGUGUACAAAUAAAUGAAAUACCAGAUGCCACAGUGUAAAGUUAUUGGUGUAAGGCAUGCUAAUGAGCCUGUGGUUCCAAAAGCCAAUACACAGCCUGCCAUCAUCAUCAUAAGCAGCACCACCAUCAUAAAUGAGUGAUCCACUUAAGCUGAAGAGAUAUCCUUUUCUUACCAUGCAGUACACAUUAUUUAACUAAACAAUGUAGCAAUUAUUAGCAUAUUUGUUAAAUUUUUGUUUAUGCAAUUCUGUAUUUUUCCCCAAAAUAAACUGCAUUAGUGUACCUUGUUUACUGGUAAAUACUUGUAUUCUGAAUAAAAAUGAGUUUUAAUUAUUGCCUUCAUAACUAAAGUAUUGUUGUAAAUACAUGUAUGCAUUGUGUGGGUUUUGCUUGAAUGAAAUUAAUAAACAAAUAAAAACCA